GACAUUCUUCUUGGUCGAUCGAGGUUGGAGGUGUUACGCGAUUUUCGAGUGCACGAAAAAUUAUUUUUUAUAUAAAAAACCUGCGAAAAAUACGAUAUUUUAGUGAAAAAUGUUGCGUACACUUUCCCGUUGCAGCGAAAUGCCAAUUGUGGCAAAACAAUUGCAAAAAAAUGCCGCCCAGGCUGGUGCACAAAAAUCGAACAAAUUCGCAACGGAGGCGACCGUACAAGUGAAUCGCCCCUUCAAACUGCAUAGACUCGACGAAGGACCCGAAACGAGCGUCACUUUGACCAAAGAGGAUGCCACCAAGUUGUACACGCAAAUGCAGACAAUUCGUCGCAUUGAAACUUCCGCUGGUAAUUUGUACAAGGAGAAGAUCAUUCGUGGUUUCUGUCACUUGUACUCCGGCCAGGAGGCUUGUGCUGUUGGUAUGAAAGCCGCCAUGCGCGAGCAAGAUAACAUUAUAUCUGCCUACCGUGUGCACGGUUGGACUUACUUGAUGGGCGUCUCACCAUUGGGCGUGUUGGCUGAAUUGACUGGCCGACAGAGCGGUUGUGCUUUGGGCAAAGGUGGUUCCAUGCACAUGUAUGCACCGAAUUUCUAUGGUGGAAAUGGUAUUGUGGGUGCGCAGGUGCCACUAGGUACUGGUGUCGCACUCGCUUGCAAAUAUAAGGGCAAUGGUGGCGUUUGCCUAUCACUCUACGGUGAUGGUGCCGCCAAUCAAGGUCAAGUGUUUGAGUCCUACAACAUGGCAUCAUUGUGGAAAUUGCCGGCAAUUUUCGUUUGUGAAAACAAUAACUAUGCCAUGGGUACCAGCACCGAGCGUGGCUCCUGCAACACAGACUACUACACCCGCGGUGAUGUAGUACCUGGUAUCUGGGUCGAUGGUAUGGACGUGUUGGCUGUACGUAGUGCCACUAAGUUCGCCAUCGAAUAUGUGAAUAAGGUGGGUCCAAUUGUAUUGGAAACCAAUACCUAUCGUUAUUCUGGUCACUCCAUGUCCGAUCCCGGCACCAGCUAUCGUACACGUGAGGAAAUCCAAGAAGUGCGCCAGAAACGCGAUCCAAUCACAUCCUUCAAGGAGCUGUGUAUUGAGUUGGGUCUUUUGUCUAACGACGAAAUUAAGGAAAUCGACACCAGAGUGCGCAAGGAAAUCGAUGAAGCCACACAAAUUGCAAAGAACGACAAAGAGCUCCCACCACCCGCUUUGUGGACUGAUGUGUACUCUAACAAUCUGGAACCUAAGCUGCGCGGUCUUACAGGUUACGAUAUUACGCAUAUCUCACAACGCAAAGGUGUCAACCACUAAGCCUAGCAUUUGG